AUUUUGUGGAGCUGAAAGAUACAAGGCGAAAAAAUCUGGUCAACGCAACCGUGUUCCUUACAAAAGGAUGUUUUAUCUACCGAUUAAAGAUCGUCUGCGAAGAUUGUAUGAAUCUCAUCAAACAGCUUCACAUAUGCGGUGGCAUGCUGAACAUACAUUAGAUCCUGAGAACAUGAGUCAUCCAUCUGACGGUGAUGCAUGGAAGAAUUUUAACGAGGUUUCUAUCGCUAGAUCAUCCAUGGAGACGGAACAAAAUAAAUUUCAGGAAGAAUAAGGUUGUGACAGAUCCACCUCCUCUUCUUUUGACGGGUGAAGAGAUAUUGUGGGAGCGGAUUGAAAGCAUUCAUGGUUUGGAUAAAACCAUUGAUUGUGGUGGAAAUGGUCAUCGCAAACCAUGUGAAUACGGAGAAACACAUAAUUGGUACAAAAGAAGCAUAUUCUGGGAUUUGCCUUAUUGGAGGACUCACAAGCUUCGACAUAAUCUGGAUGUUAUGCAUAUCGAGAAGAAUUUCUUUGAUAACGUGAUCAACACGAUCAUGAAUGUCAAAGGUAAGUCGAAGGAUAAUCUAAAAUCAAGGAUGGACAUCAAAGAAAUAUGCAACCGAAAAGAGUUAGAGUUGAGCAAUCAUGGAAAAGCCGCAAUUCCGAUAUUUAGACUGUCCAAAAGUGCUAAUAUCGCACUAUUGAAGUGGUUGAAGGAAGAUGUUCAAUUCUCGGAUGGUUAUGCAUCUAACAUCGGGCGAUGUGCUGAUCUUGAUGGUGUGAAGUUAAAUGGAAUGAAGAGUCAUGAUUGUCAUGUCUUCAUGCAACGACUUCUUCCAGUUGCUCUUGCUGAACUACUCUCGCGCAAUGUCUACGAACCUUUAUGCGGUAUCAGCACAUUUUUCAGAGAUAUAUGUUCAAGAAAUCUUAAUGUUGGUGAUGUUCAGCGUAUGAAGGAUAACAUAUCGCUAAUCUUGUGUGCACUAGAAAAGGUGUUUCCGCCUUCGUUUUUCGAUGUUAUGGAGAAUUUGGCUAUACACCUACCAGAUGAAGCAAGACUUGGUGGUCCAGUGCAAUUUCGAUGGAUGUAUCCGUUUGAAAGAUUGUUUUUCCAUCUGAAAAGAAAGGUGAAAAACAAGAACAAACCGGAAGGGGCAAUCGUGAAGCAGUAUGUUAACGAAGAAAUUACGUACUUCACAAAUUUCUAUUUUGAGCCACAUAUCAAGACAAAAGCCAAAAGUUCUUCUCGGUAUGGGGAUGAAGAUGAGAUGAUGUUUCAAUUUAAUCAAGUUGAUGGUUGUGAUAUCCCGACUAUAUUCAACCAAAUAGGGAGAUUGAGUGGAAAAUCGAAAGAAAGAUGGUUAUCCGUCGAAGAAUGGCGUCAUGCCCACACAUACGUGUUGUUGAAUUGUGAUGAAAUUCGACCAAUAGAAAGAGUAUUUGACGAGGAGACAAAGAGACUUAAUCCUAAUAUGAGCGAUGAAACAUUUAUAGAUCUCAAAGAAUCAUCAUUUGCGGCAUGGUUACAAAAUUAUAAUUUUCCUAUUUGGAUACAAGAUUUGAUCCGGGGUCCAUCAAGAAUGGUGAAAUAUUGGCCAAUUAUAUUCACAAGAGGAUACACUUUCCAUACUUAUGCUCAUGAUUCAGAUCGAAAGACUUUCAACUAUGAGAUAUGUGUUAAAGGAGCAAAUUGUUGUGAUGUGGUUGAUGAGCCAGACUUUUAUGGUAUCCUCCAAGACAUCAUGGUGUUAGAACACCACGGUUAUAUUGGUUUGAAGAUGGUUAUAUUUAACUGUGAUUGGUUUGAUCCGACCAUUGGAAGGGGUAUGAGAAGAAAUGGAUCGGGCGGUUUUGAUAUCAACUUAUCCAAGAAGUAUUCAAAAUACGAUCCGUUUAUCCUAUCUUCUCAAGCGGAUCAAGUAUGUUACAUAAGUUAUCCAACGUCCAAACGACGUCGAGAUCAUUGGAGAGCUGUCAUUAAAAUUCAACCACGAGGUGUUGUUCGUGAAGAAGAAGGUUCAACCGAUAUCUCAUUUCAAGAAAGACGCAUUGAUGAUGAUAUUGGUCAACAAUUCCGUAUUACGUAUUCACAGAACGAGUAA